AUGGUGAAGAGAUGUGCUUGGGGAACAUGCAAAAGCGAUUCGAGGUAUCCAGCAUGCUUAAAAAAGGACAAUGGGACUUCAGUAUCUUUCCACAGUUUCCCAACUGAGAAGAAACCUAAGGAAAAAAGGCAAAUUUGGAUGAAUGCAUGUUGUCGAGGCGACAAGUUCGUCUGUCGGAAAGACAUCUAUAUAUGCGGUUUUCGUUUUAUUGGUGAAAAUGGACCCACAGCAGAUUAUCCUGAUUCGAUACCAGCUACAGCUGAUGGGAAUAAAGUAAGUUAUAUUUUAUAAUAAAUAUAUUUGCUUUUCUACUAAUGACCUGUACAUGGGGUAUUAAUAAUAUGUCUUGACUUUUGUUUUAUAUUUUAUACAGAUGAACGUUUAUGAUGAAAAAGGAAGCCACCAAAACCUCGACAUACUUACGGCAAACGUUUUAAAAAAACGUUUGAAAUGUCCGCAACAGAAGCUUUACAUUCACCUAGUGAAAGCUUUCCCAUGCACAGCCGGAAAGCCUAGCACAAAACGACGUUGA